GCUCUUCAUCUACCCUCGUUACAACACAAGAUCGACCUCUGUUUCCCCUGUCACCCUCGUUGAUAGCACCCGUAUCACCCGUACCACGACAACCCUUCACAGCUACAAUGAAGUUCCUUGGAUUCUUCGCGGUGUGCCUCACGGCGGUAUCAGGAUUCGUUGCGCCCACCGGCCCCCGCCUCUCGGCCGCCGUGCGUCCCUCGACCGCUGCCACACCCAUGCGCAUGGGCCUCAAGGAGGACGUCCAGAAGGUCGCCAACGCGGCAUCGGUCGCGGUGCUCACCGCCGCGCCUGCCUUGGCCACUGAGGGGACUGGCGAGCCGCUCGGGUUCGAGAACGCGCAGGCUGUGGUCGUUCCGCUGUUCUUCCUCGUCAGCAUCAACCUGCUGUUCAACAACUGGGCAAAGGACCAGCCGGAGGGUGACUUCUUCGCCGAAUACGACGAGAGGAGGUAAAACGGCUCGUACGCACUUUGGCUCUUUUUUAGAGAAGUAACCACACUGUGCCUGGAGGAGCGGCACGGGGAGUUUGGCGCGUGAACGGGGGAGGGCUGUCUAACUGCCUCGGGGAGAGCUCCCGUGUUGAUGCGCGAUCUGCCCUUGAGUAGGUAGCUUGGGGACACAGGCCAGAAAGGUCGACUGUCUCCGUACCCGGCAGCUUGUAUUUUUGUCUUUGAUGGUAGACUGGCAAAUCAAAUAUUGUUCUGCAGGGCGGGGGGGGGUGGGCUUGACAUGGCUCGUUGGUUGAACUAGACACGAUAACGCCGUGCCACUUUUAAAGAAACCGUACGGUCUUCACCGUUUUUUCAGCCUCGGCACGGGGUUGCUGGCGGGCCCGUCGGUAUAUUCGGCAGUGUUGCCCCUGCGAUAACAGCUGUUGGUUGUGUCACAUCCUCGCGAUGAUUCGAAGCAGCAGCUUGCAGCAUGUUCGAUUUUGAUGUCGUUUGUUGUUGACGGCACUGAGUUGCCGUGCCCUUCUCCAUUUUUGUUUGUGUUCUUGGCGUGUGGCCUUUUUUGUUUAUUUCGUGGAUUCUGGAAAGUGAACAUUUCUCGGAACAUGAAACAAGAUUCCCUCCCCCUCCCAAGUUUUACGUUUUGGUCUAACGACCACCUCAUGCACGACAAUUGAGUACACACACACACACACACACCCCUCCAAGUUUUACUUUUUUGUCAACUUAUUGAUGCCAAUCGGGGUUUACCCGAAGAGUGCAACAGCGGCUGUACUUCGUCGGUGUCGCCGCAGAUAUGUUAAGCAUGCAACAACCUGAACCUGCAGAGAAAGUUGAUUUCGAGUUGAAUCGUGCGUGACGGACGGCCGAAAAGUUGAGCUUUUUAAGCUCGAGGCUUCGCGAGCAUCAUUUUUUUCACGAUUAUGAAGCCCAGUGGGUGUUCAGCUCCCCUUGCGAGUUCAAACGUCGGCGACUUUAUUUUCACUCGAGACUUUUGAGCCCCUGACAAUUUCGAGUGGGGUGGAUGAAGAGUGUG